GCCCCCACGCCCUGGUGAGGAACCCCUGAUUCCCUAAGGGCCAGCCCCCUCCCAGGACCACUUUCCUGUGCCUCUGGGAUCAAGCCACUAGCCCCCUGGCAACCAUCCUCAACCUCUGAAAGCUGCUCUAAUUCCCCUCAGCCCAGCCGCUGGGUGCCCUCAGCUUCCCCCGAGAGUGGGCCAGAGCCUGCUUGCCCCGCUUGGGCGGUGGGAUGGGUGUGGGCAGAGAGCAAGCCCCCAUUUCUCUCCUGAUACAUACAGCACAUUCAUGUCCCGCUCCCCCCCCCCACCCACACACACAUACACCCAUCGCCAGGUGAACCAGGGGAACAUGCCGGGGGUCCAGAGCACCUUCCUGGCCAUGGACACGGAGGAGGGCGUGGAGGUGGUGUGGAACGAGUUGCACUUCAGCGACAAGAAGGCCUUCUCUGCCCACGAGGAGAAGAUCCAGACCAUGUUUGAGCAGCUGGCACUGCUCGACCACCCCAACAUCGUCAAGCUGCACAAGUACUGGCUGGAUGCCUCCGAGGCCCGCGCGCGGUUGGCGGAGCCCGCGAGCCCGCCCGCCCCGCAGGUCGUCUUCAUCACAGAGUACGUGUCGUCGGGCAGCCUCAAGCAGUUCCUCAAAAAGACCAAGAAGAACCACAAGGCCAUGAACGCCCGGGCCUGGAAGCGAUGGUGCACGCAGAUCCUGUCCGCGCUCAGCUUUCUGCACGCCUGCAACCCCCCCAUCAUCCAUGGGAACCUGACCAGUGACACCAUCUUCAUACAGCACAACGGCCUCAUCAAGAUUGGCUCCGUGUGGCACCGUAUCUUCUCCAAUGCGCUCCCGGUGGACCUCCGAAGUCCCAUCCGCGCCGAACGGGAGGAACCGCGGAACCUGCACUUCUUUCCACCAGAGUACGGCGAAGUUGCUGAUGGCACUGCUGUGGACAUCUUCUCCUUUGGGAUGUGUGCGCUGGAGAUGGCUGUGCUGGAGAUCCAGGCCAAUGGGGAUACCCGGGUGACCAAGGAGGCCAUUGCUCGUGCCAGGCACUCGCUGAGUGACCCCAACAUGCGGGAGUUCAUCCUCUGCUGCCUGGCCCGUGACCCUGCCCGCCGGCCCUCUGCCCACAGCCUUCUCUUCCACCGUGUGCUGUUCGAGGUCCACUCACUGAAGCUCCUGGCAGCUCACUGCUUCAUCCAGCACCAGUACCUCAUGCCUGAGAACGUGGUGGAGGAGAAGACCAAGUCGAUGGACCUGCACGCCGUCCUGGCCGAGAUCCCCCGGCCCUCCCGGCCCCCACUGCAGUGGCGGUAUUCAGAGGUCUCCUGCUUGGAGCUGGACAAAUUCCUGGAGGAUGUCAGAAACGGGAUCUACCCGCUAAUGAACUUUGCUGCUGCUCGGCCCCUGGGGCUGCCCCGUGUGCUGGCCCCACCCCCAGAGGAGGCCCAGAAGGCCAAGACCCCAACCCCAGAACCGUUUGACUCGGAGACCAGAAAGGUGAUCCAGAUGCAGUGUAACCUGGAGAGAAGUGAGGACAAGGCGCGCUGGCAUCUCACUCUGCUUCUGGUACUGGAGGACCGGCUGCACCGGCAGCUCACUUAUGACCUCCUCCCAACCGACAGCGCCCAGGACCUUGCCGCUGAGCUCGUGCACUACGGCUUUGUCCACGAGGUGUGUAGGCCGUGCGAGGCCAGGCUGGGGGGGCGCGGAGGGUGGGCCGCACCCCUCCGUCCCCCCAUGCCUCCUUCCUGCCCUGCAGGAUGACCGGCCGAAGCUGGCCGCCUUCCUGGAGAGCACCUUCCUCAAGUACCAUGGAGCUCAGCCCUGACUGCGCACCUGGCCGCCCAUGUGGGCAGCUUGGGGUCAAGUGUUGGGGACCCGGGGCUGCCUUCUGCCUGCGUGCCGGGGGGCUGAGGACCAAACACCCACUAGUGAGGAACCUCUGUCUUGCACAGCUAUCGAGAGGCCCUGGGCUGGGGGUGGGGUGAGAGCCGUGAGGCUGGGCCCACAGGGGAGCCCUUCAGGGGUUGGGGGGGUGUGAGUAGGCCCCACAGUUCUUAGGACCAGGAGCCCCCCACUCAGCGUGCUUCCACAACUCACCAUUCCUUCCCAUAUCCUCCUUUCCCUGGCCAGCUUCCCACCCCAUCCCCAGGUUGUCUGGCUGGGAACUGAGCCCUGUGAGGGGGGAGGACUCCCUGUGGGCAGCCAUGGUUGUGGGGGGAGUCAGCCCUGGACAGAUGUCUGCCCCAUCCCGGGUCGGUACCACAGAGCCACACAAGGACCCCCACCUCAAGCCAGUGAAAGCACCUGCUGGCAUGAGGCACCAUGCUGGGCGCCUGGCAGGGCCAUGACCUGGCGGGAGAAGCAGGCAGCAGACACUCCAAGAAGCCCAUUCCCAAUACCAUGUGGCUCUUCCAUGCCCGCCCAGCAUCCAGCGCAGACCCGCCUGGAGCCCCUCUUUGGGGCCGGCACCCGCUGCCCCCUCUCCAGGCACUUCUGGCCCCUGCAGCCCCCUGCAAAGAGCUCUUUUUUGUCCGGCAUUCCCUGGCCUGAAGGGGUCGGGUCAGGCGUCCUCCCUGCUUCUCAAGCUCACCACCCCAUUACCUCCCUCCCUGGGUCCAGCUCCCCAUCUCUCCCACUCAGAUCCCUUUCUCCCCCAUUGCUCUGGCCUGGUUCUCUUGGACCACCUCACCUCCAUUUUCAAAUUUAAACACCCUUAAAUGCUUUAAAUUGCAUGUAUAAAUUUAGUGCGUUCAGGGUUCUUUUUCAGCAUUUCAAAUGCCAAACGGAGAAAGCACACCACUGUAUCAGUUCUCUGUUGCUGCCAUAAGAAUUUACCACACACUUAGUGGCUUAAACAACAAAAAUUAUUACAGCUCUGUAGGUCAGAAGUCCGGCUGAGCCGGCUGCCCUCCUUUCUGGAGGUCCUAGGGGAGGAUCCGUCUCCUGCUCCUUCAGGAUGGUUGUUGGCUUGCGGUGUCAGGUGUCGCGCAGGCACCGGCAGAGAUUCAUUUCCUCGCCUGCUGUAAACUGAAGGCCCUUCCCAGCUUCUAGCUGCAGCCACAUUCCUCGGCUUGGCCCCAGGGCCCCGUCCUCCAUCUUCAAAGUCAGUGACAGCGGGUACAGUCUGGCCUGAACCAUCUGUUUGGUUUUCUGCAGCCAGAAAAACUUCAUGUAGUGAGGCUGAGUCCACCCGGGUAAUCCAGGACAGUCUCCCUGUCUCAAAGUCCUUUUGCCACAUACGGGAUAGUCCCAGGUCCCAGGGUUGGGGCAUGGACAUCUCGGGGGCAUUAUCGCCCCCCCUACUACACCAUAUCGUCCUAACCAAAACCCAAGACAAAGCAAACUUAGCCAGGCCUAGCAAAUAAAUGUCCAGAUAAAGUGACUCUCAAGUUAUCUUAAACAUUUCAAUACUCUUCAUGAAAUGACUAAAAUUCUCACACCUGUCAACCUAAAAUACAAAUCUGAAAUAACACACCCCUGGCUGGAAAUCCUGAUGCUAAGCUGUCUGAUUCUGCACCGUCCUUAACAGUGAGUGUCGAAUGCCUAACAGAUUGUACCAGCAAUUACACCGAACUCACAGCUAUCUGUACUGCCAUUGCUUCAUUUAACCCAGACUAUGUUGAGGUUUCCAUUUUAAUUUUUCUCUUGUCAAAGUCAUAUACAUGUCACUUUUAGAAGUGGAAUGGUUUUUUUAGGCCAACAAUAAAUAAUAAAUGCAGCCUCCAACCCUAA